CGUCAGCCGAGCAUGACGCGCAUUUGCUCUUCGAGUCUGCGCAUAUAAUUCCUUUCCUAACACAACUGUUCUCUACCAUCCUACCUUGUAAAAAAGAACCCAAUGCCACGCAUCAUUCCAGCAGCAAUUGAUAUUCUACUCGUUGCCACAUUAUUGGCAGGCCUACGACGAUCUGGGGAUUUUGAAUUUGCUACAGAACAUAUUGGCUCCCCAGCACUCCGGUGGUUAGCCAUGCAAUUCCUUUUUCUGGGCGAACGUGUCCUAGAUAUUCUCCUAGUCCUGACGAGAAGAUAUCCAACGUAUUUCCGUCCUCGUAUCGCAACGCAUCAUCCCCUACCACUUCCACAUGAUUUGACAGCAUAUCCAGCGCAUGUCGCGCAAUCCUAUGAUCUCCCACUACCCCCGCACCCUAUGUAUAUGCAGCAGGCUCAGGCACGAAUCGCAGCAGCCGUGGUACGUAGGAGACAGAGUGUGCAAACUUGGGCUGCUGGUGGUUAUCACGGCGUAAAGGGACAAAUCGGACAGAUGGUGCCUGUGGGACCUAUGGGGGCGGGAAUAAAUGGGCACGGGGCUGUACCUGGAAUGCCCGCAGGAAACGUGCAAAGGAAGGCGGCAGAACGAUGACGGGAGGCUUGGCUGUAGUUUGGGUAUUUUUUGGGGGGUAGAUGUUUUCAGUUUUUCUUUGUUUGCGGAAUCGCAUCCGCUACUUGAUUAAAGAUGUGUUUACGAUUCAUGUACAAUAAUCUGAUUAUAAAAUUCUGCAUGGCGGUGGGCGGACGAGCGUAGAUUUCAACAGUUCGAUGGCCCAUUGCAUGCAAUCAAUAUUCUUUCCCACUCUUUGCUUUCCGG